AUGAAUCAUACAAAUCAGAUAAGUAAUGUUUAAAUAUUCUUGAAAUAUUUAAUUCUUUUUGCUCUUAUAGAGAUAUAAAAUUAGUGUGAAUGUUAAAAUUACGAAGAUGGAUUGAUUUCUAUUAAACACCUAAUGGUAAUUUAUAAUCUAGAAAAUGGAUGCUCAGAAACAACAGUUGGUAAAAUAUAUAGCUUUGGAUUUUGGAGUCUUUAUAUUCCAUUAUAGGAGUUUCAGAGUUUUCCUUAAGUCACAUCACCCUUCAAAAAUAAUGUUACUGAAGAUGGAUAAUUAAUAUUUAUGUUGAAUGAAAUAUUCAAAACUACAUUAGUGGGCUAUUUAAGAUUUGAUUACACACAUCUCUAAGUAAUUCACACAAUAUUGGUUUAUAAUCAAGAUUAAGUUUAAUAAAUAUAAUUCAUAUAUAAUGCUGAAAAUUAUGAAGGAACUUGGUUAUUGUGGGUUAUUCUUAUAGAUACAUAAAAAGAACUAAUAAAAAUUGAAAUGACUGGCUAAGAUUCAAUCUCAACAAAUUUCAAUUCUGAUUAAUAGAAAUUUCAAAUUAUUUUGGGAGGUAGAGGACAUGUAUUAUUAACUUAUUUAUUAUGAUAGAUUUUUGAAACGUUAAACUUAAAUAUAUUUAGAGGAAGGUUGUCAAAAUUGAUAUAAAUAGAUCCUUGUGUUUUUGAUAAAAAUACAUUUGAAUAUAUAUCGUAACAUUGCAUGAUACCUGAAAAAAUCAUUUAAGAAUAGAGUGUUUAUCUAAUAAAUUAACUUUAAAUAUUUGAUGGUGAUACAUUACUUCAAAGUAGUAUUGAUCAAUUGGGCAAAAAGUAUUGUUUAUCUGGUUGGAUCAAAUAUGACACUUCAAAGGUAAUUGUUAAGAGCAUUUAUCCUUUCAUUAGAUUAACAAAUUAUAAAAACUAUAAUAAAUAAAAGAAUAUAGGAGAUGAAUUAUUUAAAUUUGAGGUUUGGUUGUAUAGUUAAUUAUAAUACUUAUCUUAAAUUGUUGUUCAAGUUGAUGCUUAUGAUAUUCCAAAAAGAGGAAAAUAGGCAAAUUUAGUUGAGAUAAAUGGAUAAAAAUUAUUAUUUGAUACUAAUAAUAACUAUUAUUUUGAAGGAUUACAAAAAUGGCAUUUUAUUAAAUAUGAACAUAGGAGAAAAUCUAAUAAUUAAAAAAUGUUGUUAGAAAUUUAAUUUUAUAAUGAAUUGAAUUUGAAAUAAAUAUCUUUUGGAAAUAGUCGUUAUUAAUCAUCCUUUUUAAAUUCAAUAAUAUAUUUUUAUAUAGGAGGAGAUGAUUUUAAUAAUGAUUUAGUUUAAGCAUCAACUUAUAAUUUAAAAUUUGAACACAAUUAUCAUUUAGAUAAGAUAUUUUUAUAUGAUGGUAUGUAUAUUUUCAAAUCCUUUUAGCAUGUCAUUAUCCAUGUUAUGAAUGUGAUGGACCUAUGGAAUAUAAUUGUUUAUCAUGCCAAAUUAAUUCAUAUAGAAUAUAUUUACCUGAAGAAAAAAGAUGCUAAUGUCAAAUAAAUUAUUUGAAUUAAGAAGGUCAAAUAUUAUGUAAGAGAUAUGAGGAUGAAUUUUCAUCAAUUAUUAAAUUUUAAAGAGAAGUUCAGGAAUAAACGAUUUGUUCCUUUGGAUAUUUUAGAAUAUAUAUGAAUACAAAUGAUUACAUUUGUGUUUAAUGGUAUUAAUAUAAUUUAUUAAUUUAAAUAGUCCUUAAUAAAAUAAAUUUGAUAUAUUAUGUGUAGAUUGUUAUUAUAAUCCACAAUAAUGGUAUUUUGAAUCAGUAUGUACAUUAGAUUUAUUGGUUAUGUAAUAAAGUUUUGGUAGCUCAUAUCAAUUAAAAGAAAGAAAUAAAUAAGAUUAUGAUCUUUAUUUGAUUGAUUUAACUUUUACUUUAGAAUUACAUGAAGGUUUUUAAGAAUAUUGUAAUCCAUUAUUAGAUGAUAUAAAUUGUCAUAAAGUAUUAUACUUGCAUUUAGGAAAACAAGUUUAUGUUAAAUGUAAACCAAAUUAUUAUUAUUUUGAUAAUGAUUAUCAUAGAGUUAAUUCUAAUUGUUAAAGUGUAGAUAAAUUGGGAAAUUGCAUACUUUGUAAAUCUGGUAUGUAUAAUAAUACUUUAGAACUAGAUCAUACUUAUAAGAUAACCUUUGUAUUUAAUGCCACUAUUUGUUUAAAAAAAAUCAAAACAACAGUUAUUAUGAUGAAAAAUCCAAUGUCAACAUCUUCACAUAACAUUAACUUGGCUUAUUCAAAAAACCAAGCUACUUCAUUGAAAAUGAAGAUCUUAAUCUAAAGAACAACCAUGAAUGCUCAACAGCCGAACAGACUGAGUCAUCUGAACACUCAGAUAAUUCUUUUGAACACAUUCCUUCUCCAAAAUUUCCUUCAAAAGAAUUUCCUCCUCCAAUUAAUAAAAGCAUAAAAUUUGGAGGAGGAAUUUGUUUAAUAUCUAUGUUCUUGGAUCUGCUCAGUCAAAUUCAAAGGAGACUGAUGUUAGUAUAUCUUUAGAAGGGAAAGGAAGGGAAGAAAUAUUAAAAUAAUUGUGUAUACUUAUUGUAUUUAAAUAGUUGUUUAUUUCUUAUUAAUAUAUUAUUAUUACUUAUACUAAUGAAAGUUUAAGACGCUUCUGAAAAGCAACCAAAACCAAUAGAUUCACGAUUAAUGAAUGGACCAUUGUAAGAUCGUCAUUGUACUGAUAUCAUAUGCUGUUUAUUAUUUAUAGCAUCAUUCAUAUUCAUGUGGUAAGUUAUUAUUAAUAAUUUAGGUAUAUUGCUAUAACAGGAUACUCUUUAGGGAAACCGGAAAGAAUUUUGGCAGCUUAUGAUUCUGAUGGUACUGUUCAUUUAUUAAAUUUAGGCAAUGCAUGUGAUUUGGAUUUACCCGAUUAUCCAUUAUUAUACUUUCCUAUCAUUCAUCCUGAUUACUAUAAUAAGACAGUCUGUGUGGAAAGAUGUCCAGCAAGUACAUCAGACACUGUUAAAUGUUAAACAAAUAAGAAUAUUACAUCCUGUCCUAGAGAUUGUACAAAAGUUUCAGUUGAUACAUCUACUACUUUUGAUUUCACUUCCAUAGAUUCUAUGAAGAAUUAUGUAGACACAAUUACAAGUUCAGUUAGUAAACCUGAAAAUUGGAUUUGUCUUUAUGGAAGUGAACCUAUUUUUUCAAGAGCAUGUUUUCCAAGUACUGCCUUAGAGAUUUUGAAUCAAACAUCUAAUUUUAGUUCUUCAGUUGAUUUGAAUAGAUUAACAUCUUGGUUAUAUGAUCNCUUAUAAGAUAACCUUUGUAUUUAAUGCCACUAUUUGUUUAAAAAAAAUCAAAACAACAGUUAUUAUGAUGAAAAAUCCAAUGUCAACAUCUUCACAUAACAUUAACUUGGCUUAUUCAAAAAACCAAGCUACUUCAUUGAAAAUGAAGAUCUUAAUCUAAAGAACAACCAUGAAUGCUCAACAGCCGAACAGACUGAGUCAUCUGAACACUCAGAUAAUUCUUUUGAACACAUUCCUUCUCCAAAAUUUCCUUCAAAAGAAUUUCCUCCUCCAAUUAAUAAAAGCAUAAAAUUUGGAGGAGGAAUUUGUUUAAUAUCUAUGUUCUUGGAUCUGCUCAGUCAAAUUCAAAGGAGACUGAUGUUAGUAUAUCUUUAGAAGGGAAAGGAAGGGAAGAAAUAUUAAAAUAAUUGUGUAUACUUAUUGUAUUUAAAUAGUUGUUUAUUUCUUAUUAAUAUAUUAUUAUUACUUAUACUAAUGAAAGUUUAAGACGCUUCUGAAAAGCAACCAAAACCAAUAGAUUCACGAUUAAUGAAUGGACCAUUGUAAGAUCGUCAUUGUACUGAUAUCAUAUGCUGUUUAUUAUUUAUAGCAUCAUUCAUAUUCAUGUGGUAAGUUAUUAUUAAUAAUUUAGGUAUAUUGCUAUAACAGGAUACUCUUUAGGGAAACCGGAAAGAAUUUUGGCAGCUUAUGAUUCUGAUGGUACUGUUCAUUUAUUAAAUUUAGGCAAUGCAUGUGAUUUGGAUUUACCCGAUUAUCCAUUAUUAUACUUUCCUAUCAUUCAUCCUGAUUACUAUAAUAAGACAGUCUGUGUGGAAAGAUGUCCAGCAAGUACAUCAGACACUGUUAAAUGUUAAACAAAUAAGAAUAUUACAUCCUGUCCUAGAGAUUGUACAAAAGUUUCAGUUGAUACAUCUACUACUUUUGAUUUCACUUCCAUAGAUUCUAUGAAGAAUUAUGUAGACACAAUUACAAGUUCAGUUAGUAAACCUGAAAAUUGGAUUUGUCUUUAUGGAAGUGAACCUAUUUUUUCAAGAGCAUGUUUUCCAAGUACUGCCUUAGAGAUUUUGAAUCAAACAUCUAAUUUUAGUUCUUCAGUUGAUUUGAAUAGAUUAACAUCUUGGUUAUAUGAUCUUUCUAUAGCUAAAUAUAUAAUUCUGGCAUCUUUUUUUAUAGCUUUUGGUUUAGGGUAAAAUUAAAUACAAUAAAAAUAGAUUAAUUUAUAUGAUAAUUUUAAGAUUUUUGGGAGGAUUAUUUGUAUGGUUAACAAUUUUGCUUUACUUUAUAGGAAUUUCAGUUUUGGCAGGUUAUACUUGGGAUUAACACUUAUAUUAUUUGAAGUAAAUAGAUUAUAUUAUAUAAAUUUAGCGAUUCUUAAUAAUCAGGUUCAGCAGGUUCUACAAAUGCAGCUGAUAAUGCUAAAGCCUUGGAAUAUAUAUUUUAUAUUGAAAUAGCUUGGAUUGCAUUUUCAAUUCUUGCUUUUAUAUGCAUUUUUAAUAAAAUUAGAUUGGCAAUAGGUGUAGUGAAAACAGCAACUCUAUAUGUGAGAGAUAAUUUUUCAGUUAUGAUAGUACCUCCAGUAAUUGGAAUAUGUUUAGGAGUCUUAUGGGUUUGGUGGAUAGUAUCAGUUGUGUAAUAAUUAUAAUUAAAUUAAAAGUUACAUUGUUGGUCUUGGUAACAUCAAAGGAGAUGGUAGUACUCCAUUUGCCACUGUAACUUUUGAUAACACAACUAGAAAUAUGGUUUAUUACUUUAUGUUUGGUGGAUUAUGGAAAUAAGCCUUUUUGUUGGCUCUAAAUUAAUUUAUAAUUGGUUGUUCAGUUUGCAUAUGGUAUUUUAAUUAAGGACCAGGAUAAUCCUAUACUGGAAAUUUAUUUUAAAGUAUUUAUUGGGCAUUUCGUUAUCAUCUUGGAUCUUUAGCAUUUGGUUCUUUCAUAUUGGCAGUUGUUUAAUUUAUUAGAUUGAUGUUGGAAUAUGCUAAAUAUUAAGCAAAAUAGAUGGCAGGAGAUAAUAAAUGUACUAAAUGUAUAUUAGAUUGUCUAUCUUGUUUGGUGGCUUGUUUUGAAAGAUUUAUAGAAUUUCUUAAUAAAAAUGCUUAUAUUCAAAUAGCAUUGACUAGCAAAAGUUUUUGUCCAGCUGCUAAAGAUGCUUUUGAAUCAAUAUGGGCUAAUACUAUGAGAUAUAGUUUAGUUUCUGGUAUUGGUUCUAUUUUUACAUUUGUAAUAUAUAUAUAUAUUAUUUAUAUAGAUUGGUAAAUUAUUUGUGGGUUUUGCUACAGUUCUAUUCUCAUAUGAAAUCUUUAUUCAUGUAGAACCAUAUAAAACAGAUUUAGCAUCUCCAGUUGUACCAUCUAUUAUAUGCUUUAUUAUUGCAUAUAUGGUUGCUAUACUAUUUAUGAGUAUCUAUUAAAUGGCAUGUGAUGCUGUAUUGACUUGUUUCAUUUAUGAUGAAGAAUUAAAUAAGUAGAAUGGUGGAAUGUCAGCUUAACAUUGUCCAGAAACAUUAAGAGAAUGGUUUGAUAGCACUUAAUCAUCAUGA